GAAGGAAACCGUGUACGAAGUGCGUGAAGUCGACAGGGGGACUUGACACGGAAUCUGAGAUUUGACUUGAUCCUCGCUCUAGUUUUGAGGAUGUAAAACUCCAGCUUGCGGGCAAGGAUUUUUACCCACCAUGCUUUAUUUAAACAGCUGGUAAAUUUAUGAAGGUAAUCCCGGAGACAUACAGGAUCUGCACAGCCCACCGCUGGCCCCGUCGGCACGGUAACUUGGGACAGAGGCAGGGCUCUCCUGCUUGCUGCCACACCAGCUAACUCCAGAUCUAGUCACCUUUCCGGAUGCUGAGAGGCUUGUGGUGACACAUCUGCCUCCACUACAGCUGAAUUACUGUGAAGAUUGUCUCUCCUCCGGCCUCCUGACAAAGUGAAACUGUGUCAACUCCCAGAAAGUACGGUCGGACACAGAAGUCAAGAUGUCCAUCACCAACACACCCACCAGCAACGAUGCCUGCCUGAGCAUUGUUCACAGCCUGAUGUGUCACAGACAGGGUGGUGAAAGUGAGACAUUUGCCAAGCGGGCCAUCGAGAGCCUGGUGAAAAAAUUGAAGGAGAAAAAAGACGAGCUUGACUCCCUCAUCACAGCUAUCACCACCAAUGGGGCCCAUCCCAGCAAGUGUGUGACCAUUCAGAGGACACUGGAUGGGCGACUGCAGGUGGCUGGACGUAAAGGCUUCCCUCAUGUAAUCUAUGCACGGCUGUGGCGGUGGCCUGACCUGCAUAAGAAUGAACUGAAGCACGUCAAAUACUGCCAGUUCGCCUUCGACCUCAAGUGUGACAAUGUGUGUGUCAACCCCUAUCACUAUGAGAGAGUGGUGUCUCCUGGCAUAGGUGAGCAUGGAGGGAUUUUAAACUUAUCAGGACUGACCCUGACCAGUUCUGGUCCCAGCUCUGCACUGAUGGUUAAGGAUGAGUAUGAUUUUGAUGGACCGCAGAGUCUGCCAUCAAUCGACGGAGGGCACUCCAUCCAGACCAUCCAGCACCCUCCAUCCGCCGGCCGCCCGGCCCCCUCUGAGCCAUUUGCGACCCCGAACCUGCUCCCACCUGCUGAAGCCUCCACCUCUGCCUCAACAUCGGCCUUCCCUGCCAUUUCUGCUGGAUCAGGCGGUGCCAGCUCCACCUGGGCUAGGAACAGCAACUUCGCAUCCAACAUACCCCACCACACCAACGGCCAUCUACAGCAUCACCCUCCUAUGCCACAUCCGACACACUACUGGCCAGUGCAUAAUGAGCUUGCCUUUCAGCCUCCUAUAUCCAAUCAUCCAGCUCCUGACUACUGGUGCUCCAUUGCCUAUUUUGAGAUGGACGUUCAGGUCGGGGAGACGUUUAAGGUGCCCUCCUCCUGCCCCAUCGUGACUGUGGAUGGCUAUGUCGACCCCUCAGGAGGAGACCGGUUCUGCUUGGGCCAGCUCAGCAACGUACAUCGCACUGAGGCUAUUGAGAGAGCAAGGCUUCACAUUGGUAAAGGGGUUCAGCUGGAGUGUAAGGGUGAGGGAGAUGUGUGGGUUCGAUGCCUCAGCGACCACGCAGUGUUUGUUCAGAGUUACUACCUGGACAGAGAGGCAGGCCGAGCCCCUGGAGACGCUGUUCACAAAAUCUACCCCAGCGCUUACAUCAAGGUGUUUGACCUCCGUCAGUGCCACAGACAGAUGCAACAGCAGGCUGCUACGGCUCAAGCAGCAGCUGCAGCCCAAGCGGCCGCUGUGGCCGGAAAUAUACCUGGACCCGGAUCCGUUGGAGGAAUAGCUCCUGCUAUUAGUCUGUCAGCAGCAGCCGGUAUCGGGGUGGACGACCUCCGGAGGCUGUGUAUUCUCAGGAUGAGUUUUGUUAAGGGCUGGGGGCCCGACUACCCCCGCCAGAGCAUCAAGGAGACCCCCUGCUGGAUCGAGAUCCACCUGCACAGAGCCCUACAGUUACUGGACGAGGUUCUGCACACUAUGCCUAUAGCAGACCCACAGCCUCUGGACUGAGCAUCACGCUGCAACACACCGUGGCAAUGGAAAGUCUUCCUCCGUGAACUGUUGUGGGUGGAGAAGCCAGUGACAGCUUUGACACCGAAGCAGUCUCACAUGAAAAAAAAAAAAAAAA